AUGCGUAAAGUCGUGUCAUCAGGAAAAAUCGAGAAUAAAGGUUUGUGUUGCAUGGAAAAGAAACUAAAAGCAGCAAAACUUAAGUACUGGACAGAUCGAGCAUUUAGAUUAAAAGCCACAUCACAGAGCAAAGAAAGAUACAGAAGAAAUGAAGCAUACAAUGCAAAGUCAAAAAAAAGAAGUGUUGAAAAAUAUGCAUUAGACCCAAGACACAAGCUUAGUCUUAAAGAAGCAAGCAGAAGGAAAUAUGCAACAAAUGAAGCCCAUAAAAAACAUGUGAUACAAAGAAAUAUUGAGAAAUAUAAAUCAGAUAUUUUACACAGAGAAGCUCUGAAACGAAAAAACGCAGAAAAGUACCAGAAAGAUGAAGUACACAGAGCAAUUGUUAAAGAAAGAAGUACAGAAAAGUACAAAAAAGAUGUAGAGCAUAGAGCAGAUGUUAAAAAGAGAAGUACAGAAAAGUACAAGAAAGAUGAAGAUCAUAGAGCAGAUGUAAAAAAGAGAAGUACAGAUAAGUACAAGAAAGAUGAAGAUCAUAGAGCAGAUGUUAAAAAGAGAAGUACAGAAAAGUACAAAAAAGAUGAAGAUCAUAGAGCAGAUGUUAAAAAGAGAAGUACAGAAAAGUACAAGAAAGAUGAAGAUCAUAGGUAUUUGCUGAAGGCAGCCAAUAGGGUAAAAUACCACUUUAGUGCUGAUGCAAAGAAACGCAAGAAGGAAAAUGUGCUAAAACAGAGAAGAGCAAUGAGAGUGAAGCUAGAGGACGAAGAUGAAGUUGUCAAAUUAUUUAAAGAAAAUGUGAGGAAUGGGCCAGAAUACACUUGUUGUUGUUGUAAUCGUCUAUUGUUUGAAAAUCAAGUUCAAGGAUGUGCAUUUGAAAUGUACGAGAAAAGACAGAAAGCAAUGGAAAUUGCAAAGAUAUGCAUUAGUAACAGAUACGUUCAUGAGUGCACAAUGUCUUGUUCAAUGAACUGCAAAAAAUCAUCAUUAUGGAUCUGUUUUACAUGCCAUAGGAAAAUACUGAGUGGUAAAGUCCCUGGAGAAGCUGCUGCAAAUAAAUUGAGACUUGAAGAAAUUCCACAUGAGCUAAGUAAUUUAAACAGUUUAGAGCAACAUCUCAUUGCCUUACAUAUUCCCUUUAUGAAAGUGAUGUCUCUCCCACAAGGUGGUCAAAGAAAUGUACAUGGGCCUGUUGUAUGUGUACCUUCAAAUAUGAGGAAGGCAACAAGCUUACCACGAAAUGAAAGUGAAAAUAUGUUGCUUCGCGUCAAGCUGAAACGCAAGUUAUCUUAUAAGGGCUACUUUGAGUACCAGUUUGUUAAUCCAGAACAUAUACAUACAGCCCUAGACUACUUAAAGAAGAACAAUAGAUGGUAUCGAGAUGUUGUGAUAAAUACCACAUGGAAACAAAACUGUGAGGAAAGUGAUUUGAUUUUGGAUGAUUCAAAUGAAUGUGAAAAGGAGGAAUUAACUUCAGAACAGACAGCAGAAAUUCAAGAGGUUGUUUCAGACACAUGCUUACAACCUGUGGAUAUUGCACAAGAGGUCCUCGAUCACUACUUUGAUGAUGUUUACAAUAUAGCUCCAGGGGAAGUACAAAAUCCAGUGCGUAUGUUGCAAGAAGAAGGAAAUGAAGCCAAGACAUUUCCACAUUUAUUUCCCAGUGGAAAUUUUUCCUGGAAUGAAAAUAGAGAUGAAAAGAUAACUCUUGCCAGAUAUUUUAACAACAGACUUAUGAACACUGAUAACAGAUUUGCAAAAGACACAAAUUACAUCUUCUUCUCGCAGUACAUGUCUGAAUUAAACCAAGUGAUUGAGAAAACACAAAUUUCAAUCCGCAAGUCUGUAUCACAACUUGAUGGUGGAAAAUCUGUAACAUCAGAUAUGUUGCAAGACCCAGAAAUACUCUCUAAACUACUGAAGAACAAUGAAGCCCUCAGAUUUAUGCAACCAAUUCGAGGAACACCUGCAUACUGGUCAGCGACACAGAAAGACUUAUUUGCUAUGCUUCGACAACUUGGUAUUCCUACAUGGUUCUGCUCUUUUUCUGCAGCUGAAUUCAGGUGGAAUGAGAUUGUGGGAUCAAUAUUACAUCAUGAAAAUGAUACAAGAGACCCUUCUAAUUUAGACUGGGCAGAAAAGAGUGACAUUUUAAGAAAAAAUCCUGUAACUGUAGCCAGAAUGUUUGAAAACAGAUUCCACAUUUUCCAAAGAGAUGUAAUAUUGUCACCAUCAAACCCAAUAGGAAAAGUCAUUGAUUAUUUUAUAAGAGUUGAAUUUCAGCAAAGAGGUUCUCCACAUAUGCAUUGCUUGUACUGGGUUGAAAAUGCACCAAAAUUCAACAUAGAUAGUGAUGAGACAGUUUGUGAUUUCAUUGAUAGGUAUGUCACAUGUGCUUUGCCUACUGAUAAUGAAAACCCAGAGCUUAGACAAAUUGUAUUAGCUGUACAACAACAUAGCAAGAGUCACUCAAAGUCAUGCAGAAAAAAGGGAACAGAAUGCAGAUUCAAUUUUCCAAGACCACCUUCAGAGAAAACCUUUAUAACAAAGCAAUAUGAGGAGGAGGAUGACAUUUCUGAUGAUGAUGAUGAUGAUGGGGUAUUGAGCAAAUCACAGGCAAAGGAUAUUUUGCUGAGUGUUUGGAAUGAAGUAUUGGAAGAUGUAAAUGCACUCAAGACAACUGAAGAAAUAUUCAGCAACAUCCACCUUACACAAGAUUUAUAUGAGAUAGCCCACAAGAUAUUGUCCACAAAAACAAGUACUGUAUUAAGACGAAAUCCUGAUGAAAUGUGGACAAAUCAGUACAACCCAUGCCUUCUCAGAUGUUGGGAUGCAAACAUGGACAUACAAUAUGUUCUAGACCCCUUCAGCUGCAUCGUGUACAUUAUAUCAUAUAUAUCAAAGUCAGAAAGAGAAAUGGGAAUGCUUUUAAAGCAAACACAAAUAGAGGCAAUAGAAGGCAACUUAAGUGCUCGUCAAACAAUGAGAUCAAUAGGAUCUGCAUAUCUUAAUCAAAGGGAGGUCAGUGCCCAGGAAGCAGUAUACAGAGUCUGUAAUCUGAGAAUGAAGGAGAGUUCGAGGAAAGUGGUUUUUGUUCCUGUUGGUGAAAAUCCCACUCGUUUAAGUAAACCUCUUGCCCAAAUGCGAAAAAAACAGAGAAGUGAAUGCAAUGAAGAUGACUUGGAAGGUGAUGAUGAUGAUGAUGAAAUAUGGAUGACAAAUAUUGUAGAAAGGUACGAAAAUCGUCCUGACCUACAUUUGUUUGAUAAGAUGUGUCUUGCAGAAUUUUGUUCCUCUUACAGGGUGCUUGCUAAAUCUCAGAUUCCUAAAGGGGAAAAUGAAAGUGUUUAUGAAUUGAAGCAUGGAAAAGGUUUCAUACAGAAAAGAACAAGAGGAAAACCAGCUGUUAUCAGAUAUCCUAGAUUUAAUCCAGAAAAUGCACCAGAAAAGUAUUAUCAAUCAGUUUUACAGCUUUUUCUUCCAUAUGUCACACAAGAUCAACUGAAACCACCUGGAUUUGAACUUUACCAGGCAUUUUUUGAAACUGGAUUUGUUAGGCUGAAAUCUGAGAUUCGUUUACAACCAGUGAAAGCUUUGGUGGAAUGCAAUCAGUCCAAAUUCUUAAAAAAUGAAGAUGCUAUUGAUAAUGCUCAAGAGGUUUUUGAACUUUAUGGUGAACCUGAGGAUGCUUGGGCAAAACUUUGUCCAGAAACAGAAAUCAAUAGGAAUGAGUGUUUAGAUGAAAAAAUGGUGACUGAGAAAUUAGAAGAUAAAAAACCAGAAGUCACUCAUGAGAUUGAAAACAGUUCUUCAGACUUGCUAUAUCACAUCACCGUAAUUCAAGGGGGUGCAGGAACAGGAAAAAGCCAUUUGAUCAAGGUUAUACAUUAUGAAGCUUCUCGUCUGUUUGAAAAAUUACUUUCAACUCCAAAUGAUGUAUCUGUUCUUCUCACAUCUUUUACUGGCACUGCUGCAUUUAAUAUAGGGGGCAAUACACUUCACCAUGCUUUUUCUUUGCCAAUAGCUCUACGAAUUCCAUAUGAACCUGUGAAUGAGCAAAACUUGAGUGCAAUAAGAUCUAAAUUAGGAAACCUGCAGAUCUUGAUUAUUGAUGAAAUAUCUAUGGUUCACAAGAGGCUUUUGUAUUAUAUUCAUGAGCGUCUUGUUCAAAUUAAGAAAUGCAAAGAACCAUUUGGUGGUGUAUCUAUCUUAGCAGUUGGAGAUUUCUACCAACUUCCUCCUGUGAAACAACGAAAAGCAGAGAGAUUGUAUAAUGUAAAUGAAGAAUAUCCAGUAGACUAUUGGUUCGACUUUUUCAAAAUGGUAGAGUUGGACGAAAUAAUGAGACAAAGAGAAGAUGCAAAUUUUGCUUCAAUUUUGAAUUCAUUACGAAUUCGGACAAUAGAAGAACCACUGUCAGAAAAAGCUAAAGUGAUGCUUUCAGAAUAUAUUAAAGAUGGGCCAGAAGAUGUUCUGCAUGUAUAUCCCACAAACGAAGUAGCAAAUGAACAAAAUCCUUAA